ACACGCACACACAUUCCCACCUUUCUGGCCCCUCCUCCAUCUGGAUAAGCCGCCAACUAGCAACACAGUUUCUGUGGGAAAACCUCUACAGAGAGGCCACAAGAGGUAGGUGUGUGUGUGUGUGUGUGUGUGUAUCUAUAUAUAUAUAUAUAUAUAUUAUGGAAUCACUACUAUCAAUUGUCUCAAAACCCAACACACCUAACCAUUUCCCAAUCUUCACCUGCCAUCCAAAACUUUCCCUCCAAUAUAGAAAAACAACCCAAAUGUCCCUCCAAUGCAAUAGAACCAGAAGAGCAGGACUUAUAGCGACAAUAGCUUCUGUAGUCCUCUUAUCAAGAAAUGGCAGUCUCAAUGCAUUUGAGCUGAGAAUGACAGUUCCAGACCAGUCAGUGGAAGAGGCAGAGAGUGGAAUCAGAGGUCAUGCACUGAGUCUGCUUCAAGUAAAGGACUUGCUAGAGUCAGAGUCAUGGAAAGAAGCACAGAAGGAAUUGAGGAAAAGCUCUUCCAAGCUUAAACAGGACAUCUACACCAUUAUUCAAUCCAAGCCACCAAGUCAGAGGCCUCCAUUGAGGAAGCUCUACUCAACCCUCUUCAACAGUGUUACCAGAUUGGAUUACGCAGCAAGGGACAAGGACGCGACACGUGUCAGGGUAUACUAUGAUGAUAUUCUUGUGUCCCUCAAUGACAUUAUGUCUAGAAUAUGAUUCUAUCAAUCAGUUUUUGAAUUUUCAUGUGAUGUAUAAAUAUCUUCAUUUGAUUUGAAAAUUUCAUGAUUUUACAUGACUAAAAAGUUGAAACUA